AUUAUUUCAUCUAUAGUAAUUAUCUAUAGAACUGAAUAUAUAAAAAUAAAUAUUUAUUUAAUAAAUAAAUACUUAUAUUUAGUUAUUAUAUUCCUAAUAUCUAUAAUUCUUAUAAUCAUAAGUCCUAACAUAUUAACCAUUAUACUAGGCUGAGACGGCCUAGGAUUAAUUUCUUACUGUUUAAUUAUUUUUUAUAAUAACAUAAAAUCUUACAGAGCAGGAAUAUUAACAGUAAUUUUAAAUCGAAUUGGUGAUUCCAGACUAAUUAUUAUAAUUUGUAUAAUAAUUAAAUUCGGAAGAUGAAAUCUAAUAUUAUAUAAAAUUGAUAAAAUCAUAAUAAUUAUACUAAUUAUUAUAGCCUUUACAAAAAGAGCUCAAUUACCCUUUUCAAGAUGAUUACCAGCUGCAAUAAUAGCACCAACUCCCGUCUCAUCUCUAGUUCAUUCAUCAACAUUAGUAACAGCAGGUGUAUACUUAUUAAUUCGAUACAAACCUAUUAUAAUAAACAAUUAUAACGAAUACCUUUUAUUAAUUUCAAGAAUAACUAUAAUAAUUUCAGGUUUAAUAGCUAAUUUUGAAUGUGACUUUAAAAAAAUUAUUGCCCUAUCAACUCUUAGACAGCUAGGAUUUAUAAUAAGAAUCCUAUUUAUAAAUAUAGAAAAGUUAGCAUUUAUACAUCUAAUAAUUCAUGCAAUAUUUAAAUCACUAAUAUUUCUAUGCACCGGUAGAUUCAUUCACUAUAUAAAUAGAAGACAAGAUAUUCGAGACUAUAGAGGCAUAAUAAAAAUUCAUCCACUAAAAAGAAUAAUUAUAACAUUUUCAAUAUUAUCUCUUUGUGGUUUUCCAUUUCUGUGUGGAUUUUACUCAAAAGACCUAAUUAUAGAAUAUUUUUUUAUCAACAAAAUAAAUACACUUAGAUUAAUUAACUUAAUAUUAGGGACUAUAUUUACAGUAUCAUAUUCAACUAAAGUUUUAUUAAUCUUAUAUUCAAAUAAAUCUCCAAUUUAUAAUAACAUAAAU